AAUUGCGGCUGAAAAGAACCAAACCAAUGAAGAGUUAUACCAAAAACAUAAAGAGUACAUGUUCAUUUUUGCCAUUGAGGUUUUCGGUCCAUCAAAAUCGAAUAUGAAAGCAGAUGUUUUAUUGGAAUAUCAACGAUUGGUUAAACGAUACGGUCAAUGCAGGCGAAAAACGUAUAAAAAUUGCUUACAUGAAGCAGCACAACAUAUUCCAUUAGAAGAUCGAUGUGAAUUGCCAAAAGGCGCAUGCAACCCACAUGAGAAGUAUAGUCGAGUCGGCGGUUUUUGUAAUAAUUUGAAAUAUCCUAAUAUUGGCAAGGCCAACACACCCUAUGGCCGAAUCCUUGAAGCAAGAUAUGCAGACGGUAUAAGCGAAUUUCGACGAACGGCAAAUGAUGAAGAAAUGCCAAAUGCUCGAUCAUUGAGUAAUACUAUAAAUGAGGCCAGUGAUUUCAAAUGUGAAACCGUCAAAUGCGGUGAUCAAACAAAUAAUUUUGUUGGCAUCAUGUUUUCACAAAUGGUUGCUCACGAUACGUCCAGUCGAAAAGUGGUCACAAUGAGAGGCAACAACAGUAAUGGAAUAAGUUGUUGUGAGUCAUCGUAUUCCAGUCCAUUGCCACCAAAUGAAAUAAACCCCAGCUGUAUACCGAUUCCGUUGCCUAGAAAUGAUUCAUUUUACUCGAAUAAAGGAAUCUUUUGCCAAAGUUAUGUUCGAAUGCAGCCCACACUUAAAGACGAUUGCAAAAUCAAAUAUGAACACGAAAAUAUUGUGUCAUCAUAUUUGGACUUGAACACCAUUUAUUCGAACUCAUACGACAAGCUGAAGGGUUUAAGAGAGAACUAUGGUGGAUUAUUUAAAAUGGAUCCAUUGAAUAUUUUGCCUGUGGAUACGACCGGCCAAUUUACCGCCGGUGACUUUCGAUUCGGUCAGACUCCUGUACUUGGACAGAUACACUCGUUAUUUUAUCGCUUUCACAAUCUCAUUGCCACCAAUUUGGGCGCAGUCAAUCCACACUGGAGCAAUGACGAUAUCUUCUUUGAGACAAGACGUAUUGUCAUCGCAUAUUAUCAGCAUAUUAUCUAUUAUGAUUGGUUGCCAUUAGUCUUAGGCGAUCGACUUUGCCAUUCGUACAAAUUGACGUGCCGAGGAAAGUGUGAUAAAUAUGAUCCUGAUAUCAAAGCCACAACAACGAUAGAAUAUGCGAUGAAUGCAUUCAGAUUUUUCCAUGUAAAUAUUCCGUCGAACAUUCAUGUGGUCAAUGAUAGUGGUGCACUUUUGGAAAAAAUACCCUUGUCCAAUACUUACUUAACGGUGGAUAUACUCAAAGAAAAAUAUAAUGCGAUUUUACGCGGAAUGAUGAAACAAAAACAAAGAAUGAAUCGAGUGGGCUACACGGGAGAGGUCCGAAAUUUGUUUAUAAAAACGAAAUAUCGUGGCAAAGAUGUUGGUGUUGAUGGUAUGAUACUGGACAUAAUGCGAAGUCGUGACUCAGGCACUGCUCCAUACAUUGCUUACUACCCCAUACCAUUUUAA